GUAGUCGUUAUUUGAGUCGCUGCAUAUAUAAAGACGAGCAUUUCGCCUCUGAAACAGGUAAGUAAAGCAGCAAGACAACCUCAAUUGACGCUUAUUACAAUAUCUCCUAAUCGCCGAUCGCAAUCUUGACCUUCACAAUCAUCAAAUACCAUUCUGCAUUUUUCGAAAAUGACUUACCAAACCCUUAUCAUCGGUCAUCGCCUCCCCGGAGUUACUCCCUCGGAGUUCAAACGCCGCUACGAAAGGCACAUGGCCCACAUCCGAGAGAUGGCGGGGGUACAUUUCCCGCUGUUACACAGGAGGCGAUACAUCCAGCGCGCCGACGGAGAAAAUGCCACCGUUAUCGUGGGGCCGCAGGCAGAUUUCGAUUACGACGUUCUAGCCGAAAUGGUGUUCGAGAACGAGGACGCGGCUAAGAAGUUCUACGGAAUCCUUGGCGAGGAGGAAAAUGCGAAGUGGAUCGAGCAGGACGAGAGCGGGUUUUUCGACAGGAACCGGGUCAGACUAGUUGUGCUUGGGGAGGUGGAGGUCACCGAGCGAAAGGCGUGAUUUUGGAGGGAUAUUGUGAUGUGCGACGUGGUAAAGUAGAGAAGAUGGGCGUUGGGAUUGGUUAUUUCGACUGUGCGAGAACAAUGUGCUAACAUUUGCUUUUAGGAUGCGUUGCCAAGCAUCGCUCCGGUGGUUUCGAUUGAGGCGUCUGGCUUUUUUUUAUUACAGAUAAACCAUGCGGAUGACAGAAAAUAAGAAAAAAA